CUCCAAGAAACAAGAAAAACAGACAAUAUUAUUAUAGUUGUCGCAAACACCAAACCAUUUACUGCGUAUAACGUUAAUGAUGGUGGCAGUAGAGGUAAUGACAGGAAGCCUUUUCCAUGUUAAUGUCGAAGAAGAUAAUGCCAAAGUUGCCGACCUCAAACGUGCAAUCGCAGCCCAGCAGAAGCUGCCCUUUGAUCGUAUGAUCUUGCUGCUUGGAGAUGGUUGUUGUAUAUCAGACGAUGAUGACGAUUUAACUCUAGAUGAAUGUGGGAUUCAUGAUAAUGGCUCCCGCAUUUACCUCUUCUUCACGCCAAUAGAUGAUGGCUCCUCCGAUGACUUUAUUUUCACCUGGUCGGAGGUCUUUUAGCUUGCUAGCUAUAGCCUAUUUUGUUGUUGUUGGUAAGCUAUCUAGCCUUUGGGGUUUUCGGUCAUUAAAAUUAAAAGAAUGGUUAAAAUUGAAGUUGUAAAUUACUAAUUCAUAAUCUAAGAGCAGCAACUAAUCAUGACUCAUAUGAUUAUUUUUAUUGGCUUUCGCAAUGAAAAUUUUGACUUCGA